AUGGCGCCGAAGAAGCGGCCAGCUGCGGCUUCCUCCUGGCUGCCUGGUGGAACGCCUCCGCGCCACCGCCGCGAGGACUGGCGCGCAGGCUGGCUGGCUGAGCCGAGCAUGGAGUGCACGAUUGCGCUGUUGACACUGCGCUGCUGCCCGUCUCGCCCAGGCCCGAGGGCGGCAGGCCGCGGCCACCCGCGGCCGCCCGCCGCCGACGGCAGGGGACCUUCCUGGCAGGCCCGCCAGGGGCGGCUGCGGCCAGCCAUGGCCUUCAGGGCGGCGGCGGGGCCGCCGCCGGGCCGAGGCGCGGCGGAGGUGGUGCGGCCGCAGCCAGGGCGGCACGAGUCCAGAGGCGCCGGGACCGUCACGGCAUCCGCGCCCCCCCCGGGCGUCCUCGGCGCGGCGGCGCCAGCGGACGCGCGCGCCGCCCCCGCGGCCGUGCCGCGGCCCCCCCCGGCCGGGGCCUCGCCGGGCGUCGGCGCCGCCGCGUCGUCGGCGGGCUGCGUCAGGCGGGAGGCGCGGCUGCACAGCGUGUGGCCCGGCGAGAACACCUUCUGCUGCGGGGGCGCGCUUUUCACAGGCGGCUCUGGGCACUCGUUCACGUCCUCGGGCGCCCUGAGGGGCUGCAGGCAGGCGGCGCUGGGGGGCUCGUCCGCCGGAGACUCUUUCAUAAGAUAUGUCGAGGGGAGCCGCCUCCUCGAUCAUCCCUUGUUCCUCUCGGGAUCCAACUGUUUCACCUGGACGUGCAUUAUGGUGCCGUCCGCUUUGUUUUUUGGCAUCGCCCUGCCGUACUACUGGGGGCAGGUCCACCCCCUGGUGCCGAUCGUGGCGAUCUUCUUCUUCGUGAUGACCACGAGCUGCCUUUUGCUGGCCUCCUGCUCAGACCCAGGCAUCAUUCCCCGCCGAGAGGUGAUCCUCGCAGAGGGCUCUGCGGAGCGGCUCAAGGAGGAGCUCGGCUACGACGUGCUCGGGGUGCCGGGCGGCACUGCGGAGUCUGGCUCCCCUCGGAACGAGGUCCGCGUCAAGAUUCCUGUGGAGUUACGGAUGAAGGGCUACCGAUGGUGCAGCACCUGCAAGAUUGUGAGGCCACCACGGGCAUCGCACUGCCCAGACUGCGACAAUUGCGUGCUCCGCUUCGAUCACCACUGCCCCUUCGUUAACAAUUGCGUAGGCCAGAGGAACUACUUUUUCUUCAUGGGCUUCACGACGUCCGUGUGCCUUCUGGCGAUGGUGGUGAUUCCGGCGCUGAUGUGGUACCUGCUGGGGGUCAAGGGAGGCGACGCGGAGGGGAACGAUUUCACGUUUGCCUCGGUGGACACCGGCGCUGUCCUCACGGCUGUGCUCAUCACGAUCGCAGCUGCCGGGGGCAUCGGCGGCAUUCUCGUGUUUGGACUGUGGGUGUAUCACCUUUUCUUGGUGUACAACGGCAUCACCACGAAGGAGCAUUGGAAGGGCACCCAGCCGGCGGAGGCCAGCGGAGAGCUGACCGUCUGCGUCCGAAGGGGGCCCCGGCUGUUCAACCCAAGGGCCCUCGUAUGGUCCGUCCGGGCCACGGACCGGCCAGGAAACGGCAGCUGGAAGCUUGAGACCGCGGGACAGAAGGUCCGAGGGAGCAGAAUUUGCAUCACAACAUGUUAGCCAUCGUGGGCCCACAACGGUGUGUUUCUGGAAAUCUGCGUGGUGCCGCUUCCCCCGGCGAAAGGCUAGCGGAACCCAGCAGGUAAAAAGUGCGCCCCCGAAAGAUGGCAACAUGUUCGGGUUCAGGGCUUCCGGAACCGACCGCAUGCUUCGGCUGCGCGUGCGAGUAAUUUUUCGUUCUGGAGCGGCCUCUGGUGCGGGCGCAUUGGGGUUCCCAGACGGCUGAAUGCGGUGCGAUAGCAGUGGCUCGCGCACUCGGGUUUUGGCCCGCCCGCGCCCCCCGAAGUUGCGCACCAAAGGCCACUCUUGCGUAGGGCCACACUUGCGUGCAGAAGAACUGCUAGAGGUACGCGCAGAUUUCUUGGGUCGGCGCUGGACCCCCCCUCCCUGGCGCGCGGGGCGUGCCAGGGGCAGCGCCGCCAGGAGGGUCCAUCGCCGAUCUAAGAAAUCCGACCGGACCCCCCCCCCAGAAGUUUAUGUUUAUGCAUAUUUGCUCUGUUCCGAAGGUGCAGUGUGUGUGAGCAGGGCCAGCAUGCCCCAGGCAAAGGCCUGGAGUAAUCAGGUGGUUCCAGGCCGCCCGAACGGAGUUGGAGCAGAUGGCAUCGAAGAGUAGCGCAUAGAGCCAUGCCGCCGAUCGGCGCAACACUCGACCACAUGUACGCCAGCCUCACUUGGGCGGCUUCCAGUGGAGGAGAUGGGAAGAUGACCACCUUGUGGUCAUGGCUUAUUUGGAUCGUCCGCGUAUUCUCUGUUCUAUCGGCCUCGCGUCGAAUCCUUCCUAUGUGUUGCAUCCGCCCUGCACACGCUGUGGCCAUGGCCCAUCGAGGCGGCUCCGACGUUCUCAGCGCGCGCGCCCUGAACAGGUUGCCGCUCGCCUCGCCUCGCCUCGCCUCGCCUUCCAGGUCGUUGCCGUAGUGCGGCACCCGGACCAGCAGGCGGUCCAAAGUCUAUGUGCAACCUCGGGGCUCGCAGAGAUGGAUAAGGAAAGCCCCCCCGGGCUGGCCUCCCCUGCUACACUCUCCAAUCGGACCCCAAGGGGGGGGCAGGGGGAGCAGGAGCCCAGGAUCCCAGGAGACCAG